AUGACAGUGGAUAUGUUGAUGUUUUAUGCAUUUGGUAUUGGAAUCUCAGCCAACACCUUUCUCUUUCUCUUCUGCCUCUUCAUACUUCCUCUGGAUCAUAGGCUGAAACCUACAGACCUGAUCAUCUGUCACUUGGCCUUCAUUCACAUAGUGAUGUUCUUCAUUGCAGUGUUAUUGGGGUCUCCAGAACUCUUUGAGUCAUUGAAUUUUCAUAGGGACUUUAAAUGCAAGGCAUUUUUCUACCUGAGCAGAGUGUUCAAGGAUCUCUCCAUCUGCACCACCAGCCUCCUGAGCAUACUCCAGGCCAUCACCAUCAGCCCCAGCACCUCCUGGUUGGCCAGAUUUAAACGUAAAUCCACAGAUUACAUUGUUCAUGUUUUAUUCUUUUUGUGGUCCUUCACCUUGUCUUUUAACAGUGGCAUGAUCUUCUAUACUGUAGCUACUUCUAAUAUGACCCAGACAAAUCUACUGAAUUUAGAUAAAUACUGCUCACUUUCUCCCAUGAGCUCCAUCAUCAGGGGUCUUCUUUUUACUCUGUCAUUAUCAAGGCAUGUCUCCUUUGUAGGAGUCAUGCUGCUCUCAAGCGCAUACAUGGUGAUCCUCCUGCUCAGGCAUGAGAGACGGUCUCAGCACCUUCAUAGCGCCAGGCUUUCCUCUAAAGCCUCCCCAGAGAAGAGGGCCACCCAGACCAUCCUGCUGCUAGUGAGUUUCUUUGUGGUAAUGUACUGGGUGGAUUUAAUUAUCUCUUUCUACUCAACCAUGUUAUGGGCUUAUGGCCCAAUCAUCCAGGGUGUCCAGCAUCUUAUGGUCAAUACCUAUGCCACAGUCAGUCCUUUGGUGCUACUCAGUUCAGACAAAAGGAUAAUUAAUAUUCUUCAGAAUAUGCAAUAUAAGUGGCAUAGAUUCCUAGUAAAAGUAAUUCUCUGA